AUGAUAUCAUGUUCCAAAAAGCCUUCUUUCCUCAUAGAUGGCAGAUCAUUACGCAUUGGGUUAUACCUAUUGAAUCUCUCGCACGACCUUCUUGUGUCCCUUCGAAUGUUGUCCCUUCUAACAACCAACAAACAAACUCUAUCUAUCUAUCUAUCUAUCUAUCUAUCUAUCUAUCUAUCUAUCUAUCUAUCUAUCUGUCAGACUUGUUCACAUUAUGGAAGGACGUACAAUGUCGGUGAUAGCUUCAAGAUCAGGUGUAAUACUUGCACCUGCGGUGUAAAUGGAACUGUGUCUUGUACACGAAUGUUUUGUCGACCACCAGUUCAUGGCUUUGGUCAGACUUGUUCACAUUAUGGGAGGACGUACAAUGUCGGUGAUAGCUUCAAGAUCAGGUGUAAUACUUGCACCUGCGGUGUAAAUGGAACUGUGUCUUGUACACGAAUGUUUUGUCGACCACCAGGACCCACCCAAAAUUGCUCGGCCAACGGAAGAACAUAUAAAUAUGGAAGUCGCUUCAGAAUUGAUUGUAACAUUUGUUUUUGUGGAAAUAAUGGGACUGUUUCCUGUACAAAACGGAUAUGUUUAACUCAGGGAUCCAACCAAACUUGCUCGGCCAAUGGAAGAACAUACAAAUAUGGAAGUCACUUCUGGAUUGAUUGUAACCGUUGUUUUUGUGGAAACAAUGGGACUGUUGGCUGUACACAACGAAUGUGUUUUAAUCGAAGCCGAAGCAGAUCUGAUGGUUGUGUGCAUAAAGGGCAAAUAUACCGAAAGGGGCAACGAUUUCUAGACGAUUGCAAUUCCUGUACCUGCCUUGGUAAAAAUAUCACAAAAUGUAGUCGAAUGAGUUGUCCGCCAACAGAUCAUGGUUCCAAAGAAUUUUGCCGGUUUAAAGGCAAAACGUUUAAGAUCGGCGAUAACUUCAAGUUUAAGUGUAAUUCUUGUAUGUGUACGGAAACAGGAGUUAUAAGGUGCACUCUUAAGCUUUGCCCACCUGAAGUGUAA